UCAGACAGUUGUGGUGCUCUCCUCUUGGCUGCUGGUAAUAGCGGGAGUGUAUGUGACGUCACACAGCAGCAACAUUGCAAUGGAACAUGACCGCCCGUCCCAUCGAAGGGCUGCAGCUACUUGGACGUUUUCGCAAGUUACUGGUGGCAUCACAGCUCCCCACUGCGUCUUUGUGGCCGUGUUUGUAAUCCUCGCAGGAGUCUCAGCGCGACAGUACAGCUACACGGAGAAACAGCGAUACGACGGAUGGUUCAACAAUCUCGCUCACCCGGACUGGGGCUCGGUAGACAACCACCUGACCCGCAAGACGCCUCCAUCUUACGCAGAUGGUGUCUACAUGUUGGCAGGCCAGAAUCGUCCCAGUCCACGAAAACUUAGCCAGAUUUUCAUGAAGGGAGAGGAUGGCCUUAGUUCUUCCAGGAACAGAACAGCCCUACUUGCAUUUUUUGGACAAGUGGUGAGUUCCGAGGUGUUAAUGGCAAGCGAGAGUGGUUGUCCUAUCGAGGUGCACCGGAUAGAGAUUGAGAAGUGUGACGAGAUGUAUGAUCGAGAGUGUCAGGGGAACAAGUAUAUACCAUUCCACAGAGCAGGUUAUGAUCGUAAGACUGGCCAGAGCCCCAACAGUCCACGAGAACAGACCAAUCGUGUGACCGCCUGGAUUGAUGGGAGUUUCAUCUACAGUACAAGUGAAGCAUGGGUAAACGCAAUGCGCUCUUUCCAAAAUGGGACAUUUCUGACAGACAAAACUGGAAAGCUUCCAGUCAGAAAUACAAUGAGAGUGCCUCUUUUCAACUCCCCUGCCCCUCACGUGCUUCGACUGAUGAACCCUGAGAGACUGUUCUUACUAGGGGAUCCUCGCACUAACCAGAACCCUGCUCUUCUGGCAUUUGGGAUCCUGUUCUUCCGGUGGCACAAUGUGGUGGCAGCACGUAUACAGGCACAACAUCCAGACUGGCCUGACGAGGAAGUGUUUCAGCGAACUCGCCGUACUGUGGUGGCUACACUCCAGAAUAUCAUUGCUUAUGAGUACCUGCCUGCCUUCAUGGGGGAAGGCCUGCCACCAUAUGAGGGCUACAAACCGGAUGUUCACCCUGGAGUGAGCCAUGUGUUUCAGAGUGCAGCUUUCAGGUUUGGACACACAAUGAUACCACCUGGGAUCUACCGUCGGGAUGGGUCCUGUCACUUCAGGGAAACACCCAUGGGCUUCCGUGCCCUUCGUCUCUGUUCCACCUGGUGGGACUCCAGUGAUGUGCUGUCGGACAGUACAGUUGAAGAGCUGCUGUUGGGGAUGUCUUCUCAGAUUGCAGAGCGGGAGGACACGGUGCUGUGCUCCGAUGUGCGCGAUAAAUUAUUUGGCCCAAUGGAGUUCUCAAGGAGAGAUCUAGGAGCUUUGAACAUAAUGAGGGGUCGGGAUAACGGUCUGCCAGAUUACAACACCGUGAGGUCAUACUUCCGCCUGCCCCGAGUAAAAGAAUGGACAGAGAUAAACCCAACCCUCUUCAAGAAGCGACCAGAAUUGCUACGGCUUCUUGCUGGAGUUUAUGCCAAUCGAUUGGACAAUGUGGACUUAUAUGUUGGGGGUAUGCUUGAAUCGAGAGAUGGACCCGGGGAGCUGUUCAGAGCCAUCAUCAAGGAACAGUUCACACGCAUACGUGAUGCAGAUCGAUUCUGGUUUGAGAACACUGAGAGUGGGAUUUUCACAGAUGAAGAGAUAGAGGAAAUUCGGCAAGUGAGGCUGUAUGAUGUGAUUGUAAAUAGCACAGACAUCAAACCCAGUGAAUUACAGAAGCAUGUCUUCUUCUGGGUGAAGGGUGAUCCAUGCCCCCAGCCAGUACAGCUGAACGCCAGCCUACUGGAACCUUGUAAAUACCUUCAGGGCUAUGACUACUUUGAGGGUAGUGAGCUGGCCUAUAUUUACGCUUGUGUCUUCCUGGGCUUUGUACCAAUUGUGUGUGCUGGAGCUGGGUACGGAGUAGUGAAACUUCAGAACCGCCGCCGCCGCCGCCUGAGGAUGCAGCAGGAGGAGCUGAAAAACAAUGCUGGAGGGAGGACUUCAGUAGAUAAGAUGGCCGUAAGAGAGUGGCUCCAUGCCAACCAUCGCCGCUUGGUGAAAGUGAAAUUUGGACCUGAAGCAGCAAUUCACACAGUUGAUCGGAAAGGCGAGAAGUUACGAGCUGUGAAUUUCAGAACGUCGGAAGCUCUGACAGUAGAGGAAUCACAGGACAGCAGUGGAAACAAAAAGCGUCCACUUGUUUUAAUCCGGGUUCCAAGAGACCAUGAUCUUGUGUUGGAGUUUGACACUCUUGCUGCGCGUCGGAAGUUUGUCUCAAAAUUGGAGGCUUUUCUGAAUUCCCACAAAAAGCGGCUGGUCAGUGUGCAGUCACCACGUGAGAUUAUGCUAACAAAUGCGGAAACAAGAGAAAGGAGACAGAGGAGGCUUGAGCACUUCUUCCGUGAGGCCUAUGCUCUGACUUUCGGGCUUAAGCCAGGUGAGAAGCGAAGACGUUCACGUUCAGAUGGAGACGAAGAUGGGGAGGUGAUGACUGUCAUGAGAACGUCACUGUCUAAAAGUGAAUUUGCCAGUGCACUUGGCAUGAAACCUGAUGCUGUGUUUGUUCGUAAGAUGUUUAACAUUGUUGAUAAAGAUGGUGAUGGACGCAUUUCGUUUCAGGAAUUCUUAGAUACAGUUGUGCUCUUUUCCCGAGGAAAAACAGAAGACAAACUGCGAAUAAUAUUUGAUAUGUGUGACAAUGACCGCAAUGGUGUUAUUGACAAGGGUGAACUUUCUGAGAUGUUGCGUUCACUAGUGGAAAUUGCAAGAACUACCAGCCUGUCAGAUGAUCAUGUCACUGACCUAAUAGAGGGCAUGUUCCAAGAUGCUGGCUUGCAGCAGAAGGACUUUCUCACCUACAGUGACUUCAAGCUUAUGAUGAAAGAGUACAAGGGUGAUUUUGUGGCAAUUGGCCUUGACUGUAAGGGUGCCAAACAGAACUUCCUAGACACAUCUACAAAUGUGGCCAGAAUGACAAGCUUUCAUAUUGAACCAGCACAAGAUGGAGCUCGCCACUGGCUGCUGAGAAAGUGGGACUGCAUCACCACAUUCCUGGAGGAGAAUCGCCAAAACAUAUUCUAUCUGUUUGUUUUUUAUGUUAUCACCAUCGCACUGUUUGUUGAGCGAUUCAUACAUUACUCGUUCAUGGCUGAGCACACAGAUCUGAGGCACAUCAUGGGCGUGGGAAUUGCUAUCACACGAGGCUCGGCUGCUUCGCUCUCCUUCUGCUACUGUCUGCUACUUCUCACGAUGUCUCGUAACUUGCUCACUAAGCUCAAGGAGUUUUCAGUUCAGCAAUACAUACCUCUGGAUUCGCAUAUACAGUUCCACAAGAUUGCUGCAUGUACAGCGCUCUUCUUUUCACUGCUCCACACAGUUGGCCACAUUGUAAACUUCUAUCAUGUCUCAACGCAGCCCGUGGAACAUUUACGCUGCCUCACAAGCGAAGUUCAUUUUCCAUCUGACUAUAAGCCUGGCAUCACUUUCUGGCUCUUUCAAACGAUUACAGGGCUGACAGGCGUGUUGCUCUUUGUGGUGAUGAUAAUAAUCUUUGUAUUUGCUCACCCUAUCAUCCGCAAGAAGGCAUACAAGUUCUUCUGGUCAACCCAUAGUCUGUAUGUAGUCCUGUAUAUUUUAUGUCUUGUUCAUGGACUUGCAAGGCUUACUGGAGCACCUCGGUUCUGGGUUUUCUUCAUUGGCCCUGGUGUUGUAUACACUCUGGAUAAGGUAGUGAGUCUUCGUACAAAAUACAUGGCUCUGGAUAUUGUCGAAACAGAGCUACUGCCAUCAGAUGUGAUAAAGAUCAAGUUCUACCGCCCCCCCAAUUUUAAGUACCUGUCUGGACAAUGGGUCCGUCUUGCAUGCACUGCAUUUCGGACUGAAGAGUUUCAUUCGUUUACGCUAACAUCAGCACCGCAUGAAAACUUCCUGUCAUGCCACAUCAAGGCACAGGGCCCUUGGACAUGGAAACUUCGCAACUACUUUGAUCCUUGUAAUUAUAACCCUGAAGAAGAUCAUCCCAAAAUACGCUUGGAAGGGCCAUUUGGAGGAGGUAAUCAAGACUGGUAUAAAUUUGAAGUGGCAGUGAUGGUUGGUGGUGGUAUCGGUGUCACACCCUAUGCUUCCAUCUUGAAUGAUUUGGUCUUCGGAACCUCAACCAAUAGAUACUCGGGUGUUGCCUGCAAGAAGGUGUACUUCCUGUGGAUUUGCCCAUCACAUCGCCACUUUGAGUGGUUUAUUGAAGUUCUGAGGGAUGUUGAGAAGAAAGAUGUUACUAAUGUACUCGAGAUCCACAUUUUUAUUACUCAGUUUUUCCAUAAAUUUGAUCUUCGAACAACAAUGCUGUAUAUCUGUGAAAACCACUUUCAGCGACUGUCAAAGAUGAGUAUGUUUACUGGGCUGAAAGCUGUGAAUCACUUUGGUCGUCCUGACAUGUCAUCAUUCCUAAAAUUUGUUCAGAAGAAACACAGCUAUGUAAGCAAAAUUGGAGUAUUCAGUUGUGGUCCUCGUCCACUUACAAAAAGCAUCAUGUCAGCAUGUGAAGAAGUGAACAAAGGUCGCAAGUUACCAUACUUCAUCCACCAUUUCGAAAAUUUUGGAUAAAGAACUGAACUUUUGACUUUAAUUUAUGAGUAUUUAAGAAAAGAGACAGAAGAAACUCUUGUGUCUAACAUUCUGCAUCAUCAAGCAUAACUGGUGACUUGUUUGUCAGGGGCAUCAUAAAGGGAGAAUGAACAUGAAGCCUAAUAAUGACUGUUUCUGAGUACAUCCAAACUAAAAUAUGAGACAGCUGAGUGGGGUAUCACAGGAAUGGUGUGGAAUAUCACAUCUGUUUGUAACAAAGUCACAUGUGCGCGGUUUCAUGAUGCAUUAUUUAUACGAAUAAUGUAAGU